AUGACAGUCUCUAGUGAAGAAGAAAGAACAAGAGGAGGAAGAAGACGACACGCUACAGCUAGAAUUGCCCUUUUCUUCUUCUUUAUAGUCUUAAUUUUCUCUCAGUUAUUUUCAUCUUUUGCUCAGAAUGAUAAAGUUGGCGGGUCCGGUCAGUCUCCGGCAAGAAAAACCAGGGUUUUCGGGACAGUUCCAGUUCAUGCAGCUUCCAUUCCUCCAACCCAUCUUUCCGGCACCGACGACGAUGAUUCCGACGACAUAUAUGAUGAUGACAAGAGGAUAGUUCAUACAGGUCCCAAUCCUCUUCACAACUAG